UUGGGACGCGGCCCCGAAGGUUUUAGGUAGUGGGUUUGUUGCAAACGUUUGUCGUUUCAACAUCAUUCAAUCUUCAUGAAGGAAGCAGCCUCUCCAGCCGCGGCGCAGAGACGGGGGCAGUGUUUUGCGGGUGUCGGCGCUGCGGGGAGCUUCCUGUGCCUGAGCGUCUCCCGAUGAAGGGAUUUAAGGAUAGACAUUUAUGUUCUGCUCUUGUUUUGGCGGAGAGGCGAGCUGGCUAACUUGGCAUUAGCCAGUUAGCAUUAGCCAGUUAGCAUUAGCUGGCUGCUAGCUAACAGCGUAAGGAUGCUACGGUGGAUCCGGCAACAGCUGGGCUUUGACCCUCCUCAUCAAAGCGACACCAGAACUGUUUACAUCGCAAACCGCUUCCCUCAGCAUGGGCAUUACACCCCCCAGAGGUUUGCGGACAACAGAAUCAUUUCCUCCAAGUAUACUAUAUGGAAUUUCAUCCCUAAGAAUCUGUUUGAACAGUUUAGAAGAAUAGCCAACUUUUAUUUCCUCAUCAUCUUCCUCGUCCAGUUAAUGAUAGACACACCCACUUCCCCGGUGACGAGUGGACUUCCUCUGUUUUUUGUCAUUACAGUAACUGCCAUCAAACAGGGAUAUGAAGACUGGCUGAGACACAAAGCGGAUAAUGAAGUGAAUGGAGCUCCUGUGUUUGUGGUGCGCAGCGGCAGUCUGGUUCAGACCCGUUCCAAAAACAUACGUGUGGGAGAUAUCGUAAGAGUAGCCAAAGAUGAGACUUUCCCCGCCGACCUGAUCCUCCUGUCGUCCGAUCGAGCCGAGGGAACCUGCCACAUCACCACAGCCAGUUUAGACGGGGAGACUAAUCUGAAGACUCACUAUGCAGUCCCAGAGACGGCUGUGUCCCAAUCAGUGUCCCGACUGGAGGCUUUGCAGGCCGUUGUGGAGUGUCAGCAACCAGAAGCGGAUUUAUACAGGUUCGUGGGGAGAAUAACAGUAACACAACAAGGAGAGGAGAUUGUGAGACCUCUAGGACCAGAAAACCUUCUGCUUCGGGGAGCCAGAUUAAAAAACACCAAAGAAAUUUUUGGUGUGGCCGUGUACACAGGCAUGGAAUCAAAGAUGGCUCUAAAUUACAAAUGCAAGUCUCAGAAGCGCUCAGCAGUGGAGAAGUCGAUGAAUACGUUUCUCAUCAUCUACUUGGGGAUCCUUCUUUUCGAGGCCAUCCUCAGCACCAUAUUAAAGUACGCCUGGCAGGCAGAGAACGAGUGGGACGAGCCUUUCUACAACCAGAAAACUGAGCAGGAACGCAACAGCAGCAAGAUUCUGAAAUUUAUAUCAGAUUUCCUGGCCUUCCUGGUUCUCUACAACUUCAUCAUCCCCAUUUCGCUAUACGUUACUGUGGAAAUGCAGAAGUUCUUGGGUUCAUUCUUCAUUGGUUUGGACCUGGACUUGUACCAUGAGGAAAGUGACCAAAGGGCACAGGUCAAUACCUCAGACCUCAAUGAAGAGCUGGGUCAGGUGGAGUACGUUUUUACUGACAAGACUGGCACUUUGACUGAGAAUGAGAUGCAGUUCCGGGAAUGCUCCAUCAACGGCAUCAAAUACCAGGAGAUCAACGGCAAGCUUGUCCCUGAAGGAAUGACAGACGACACCCCAGACUCUUCUGCUCCUCGACUGAGCAGGGAAGAGGAGCUGUUCCUGAAAGCUGUGUCUCUGUGCCACACGGUGCAGAUCAGUUACGACCAGGCAGACGGCCCGGGGGACCCCUUCUCCCACGCCAACGGAUUCACCACACAGAUGGAGUAUUACGCCUCCUCUCCUGACGAAAAGGCCCUGGUGGAAGCCACUAAGAGGAUGGGUGUGACAUUCACAGGAAGCAAUGGGGAAAUCAUGGAGAUCAAAACAUUUGGGAGAUCUGAAAAGUAUAAACUCCUCCAUGUGUUAGAGUUUGAUCCCAACCGAAGGCGAAUGAGUGUAAUACUGCAGACUCCUUCAGGGGAGAAGAUCUUGUUCACUAAAGGAGCUGAGUCUGCAAUUCUUCCCUACACAACGAGGGGGGAAAUAGAGAAGACGAGAUUGCAUGUGGACGAGUUUGCUCUGAAAGGUCUGCGGACGCUGGUGGUGGCCUACAGGCUCUUCAGUGCGGAGGAGUAUAAGGAGGUGGAGCAGCGGCUCCACGAGGCUCGCACGGCCCUGCAGCAGAGAGAGGAGCGACUGGCCGAGGUUUUCAGCUUCAUCGAGAAAGACCUGGAGCUGCUGGGAGCCACCGGUGUGGAAGACAAGCUGCAGGACAAGGUGCAGGAGACGAUCGAGGCUCUCCGGCUGGCUGGGAUUAAGGUGUGGGUACUGACCGGCGAUAAACACGAAACAGCGGUCAGCGUGAGCCUCUCCUGUGGCCAUUUCCACAGAACCAUGAACAUCCUGGAGCUAGUACAACAGAAGUCUGACCACGAAUGUGCAGAACAGCUCAGAAGACUUUCACGCAGGAUCAAAGAAGACCAUGUGAUUCAGCAUGGACUGGUGGUGGACGGAGCUAGUUUGUCUCUAGCUCUGCGUGAGCAUGAGAAGCUCUUCAUGGAAGUCUGUAAAAACUGCUCUGCUGUUCUCUGCUGCAGGAUGGCACCCUUACAGAAAGCCAAGGUGGUGCGUUUGCUGAAGACGUCUCCAGAGAAACCCAUUACAUUAGCCAUCGGGGAUGGAGCCAAUGAUGUCAGUAUGAUCCAAGAGGCCCAUGUUGGUAUCGGUAUCAUGGGAAAAGAGGGAAGACAGGCUGUGCGAAACAGUGACUAUGCAAUCGCAAGGUUCAAAUUCCUUGCCAAACUGCUGCUUGUCCACGGCCACUUCUACUACAUUCGAAUAGCAACCCUUGUUCAGUACUUUUUCUACAAGAAUGUGUGCUUUAUCACACCCCAGUUUUUAUACCAGUUCUUCUGUCUGUUUUCACAGCAAACCCUGUAUGACAGUGUCUAUCUGACUCUGUACAACAUCUGCUUCACCUCCCUCCCCAUCCUGGUGUACAGCCUCUUCGAGCAGCUGGUCCAUCCGCAUGUGCUGCAGAGCAAACCGGCACUUUACAGAGAUAUCAGUAAAAAUUCCCUGCUGUCCUUCAAAACCUUUCUGUAUUGGACGAUCCUGGGCUUCUGCCACGCCUUCAUCUUCUUCUUUGGCUCAUACAUUCUAAUGGGAGAAGACACCACUCUGAUGGGAAACGGGCAGAUGUUUGGAAACUGGACUUUUGGCACUUUAGUGUUCACUGUGAUGGUCAUUACAGUAACCUUGAAGCUGGCCCUGGAGACGCACUUCUGGACAUGGAUAAACCACUUUGUCACAUGGGGCUCCAUCGCCUUCUACUUCAUCUUCUCCUUGUUUUAUGGAGGCAUCAUCUGGCCUUUCCUGCACACACAAGACAUGUACUUCGUCUUCGUCCAGCUGCUGUCCAGCGGCUCUGCCUGGUUCGCCAUCAUCAUCAUCGUCAUCACCUGCCUGUUCCCCGACGUCAUCAAGAAAGUGUUUUAUAGACACAUGCAGCCCACCAGCACGCAGAAGUCUCAGAUGUACUCCAACCGCGUCGCUAUAGGUGAUGACUUCAUCGCUCUGCAGCCGCUGUCCAGAGCCAAGAAUCAGCUGGGAAAGAUUAGUUUAUUGAGGCCAGUACAGGGAUCAGCUGUAUGGACUCGCUGUGCUGUUACUCAGAGGGCCGGAGUGGCUGUUCCAGGCUGGCCGGGCUGCUGGAGAGACUGAUGGGCCGCUGUGACCCUCGCGCCGCCAGAUCAUGGACAGACUCAGACCCUUUCUACUCCAACGACCGCAGCGUCCUGACGCUUUCUCCUGUGGAAGCCACUCACUGCUAGGGCAUCAUCAUCAUUCCAUCUCUCCGUCCCGAAGAGGAGCUUCUCUCAAACUGGAGUUAACCUGACCUCACAAGAGCUCCACUGACCAGCUCAGACAGACUCGUACCCCUGGGAUAUUGAAGGAGGUGACAGUUUUGAGAACUGGAGAUCUGAGAAAAGAGCAGCGCGCCAGUUUCCUCCCUUUCAAAGGCUUUAAUCCGACUUUUAUGCACCGUGGACCCUUUCAUCUUUCCUGAGGAAACUAGUGGUCCGCCUGAAGCCAUACUACCCUCUUUAUUACCUGAUUUUCAAGGUACGAAAAGCCAGAGCAGUGUAGAGUUACAGUUAGCUGACUUUGACGACGUGCCUACCCGUGAACCCGGUCUCAUGCGCAGAUGCAGCUGCAGACGAUGAAGAAGGAAGAACGUCUCUCGAACGCCUCCAGAAGGAAAGAAACUGACAUCAGCUAUGGCUUUUUUUUUUUCUUUUUUCUUUUUUUUGGCUAGAGCGUUCAUCAGUCGUUUGCCUGCCUGUAAUUUUAGUUUUCUUUGUGCACUCAAAGCUUUACUUCGUCCCAUAAUCCAUUGUUUGUUUGUUUCAUCAUUGAAUUAACAUACUGUUGCUGUGUUUUGUUGCUCAUGUUAGUUGUUACUAACAUUUGUUAUUUCUUCAUAUUGUUUUUUGUUUCGUUGUUCAUUCUUAUUCUUUUGUGUGCAUUUCUGUGUUUGCUCAUCUUUCCUGAGCGAGGCUGCAGACUGCAUGUGGUUCUGGAGUUCUCCUCAGCUUUUUAGAGGCCUUUUUGGGUUCCUUUGACUAAAAGUCCUCCCCCAGAGCAGGGGGUUUGGCUGAGGGUCACUGAGACAACCGUUUUAAACUUGCUUCACGAAGUUCAGAUGCAUGCGUCAUUUCCGAUAGAAUCAAUAACCAAUACUCCUCUACUUGCGCAGUUACAGAGAGCUGGACCUGUGGGGACUUCUCUCUUUUAAAGAGGGGCUCUAUGAACUUAUCUUGGGAUUUCUGACCUAUUGCUGUUAUUGCAAAGAUAUUUUUAUUGCCAUAUCAAAUCAUUUGUAAAUUGUUGGCUGCCAUUUACACUGUGUGAACAUUCAUGUGAGCUGAGUGGAGCUUUGUUGUGAAUAUUACACAGAAUAAACCCAGUGGUUUCCAUGAUUACUACGAGCCAAAUAUAGCUAGUUUAUUAACUAUCCAAAACACACCAGUGAAAUUAUCACCACUCUGUUUUCUAAAUUGUAUAUAGCUUUAACGGUGGAUUACAUGAAAUGCUAAGGAAUUUCUGGUAAUAAAAUUUAAGAUUUGUCUACUUAUUACUGCUUGUUUUACAUGGUUAUCUACCGUUGGCAAAGCAUUUUGCUUUACUUAAGUUGCUACAAAUACUUAAAACAAACUACCAUGUUUUCAAGUUGAAUAGUCCUUUAUUUAACUGUGGUAAAGUUUGAUAAACCUAUAAUACUGUAUUAAAAAUAGUAUUUUAGAAACUUGCAUCAGAUUUAAGUGGAAUUCACUUAAUACAAUACAUUAUAUUUUUUGUGGUUUGUCUUUAUAUAUACCAAAGCCUCAUAGCUCUAGAAUGGUGAAAUGUAUAAGUAGACUUAUACACUUAAGUAAAAACUAUGGAUGUUUUAACUGUAUUCCAGGUAAUUUUGGCCCAUUUCUACCCAUCCAUUUAUUCAUUCUGACAUGUUCACACACUGUAAAUAGCAGCUGCUCCUUUUAAAUGUUAGAAACAAAUCAACAAAAACAGGUUUUUGAAUUGACCUUAACAUUUUUAUCUUUUAUCUUAUGAAUUUUUAAUGUGGCUAUCGUUCUAUAGAAUAAGCCUGUCUGCGCUGAAGUGCUCCAAACAAAGGACUCACAGGGCAGUGACGCCAACAGUAAAGCAUUUGAUAGGAAUCCUAGUUACUGAAGGACACUUUAUUAGAAAAACAUUAGUAGCUAAUAGUGGGACAGCGGUGUAGAUGUUUUUGCUCGUUUUUAUUUUUGGUUUGGGUGGGAGCGAGCGAGUACUGUCCGUACAUUUGCAUAUCAGACAAGGAAUUGUAAUUAUUUUUCUAUCUCUGUUUCUCUCUGGCUGUUCUCUGUUCUGUUUAAAUUAAAAUGUAAUGUUUUUCACGUCAGGGCGCUUGCAUCGCAGAUCUGUUCUUCAAAAAUGACGUUCUAUGUGAUGUUCUGUUAGCUGUGGGUUAAAGUUCAUAGAAAUACUCUAUUUUUGAUUUUUGUGUGACGUCAGACGUCGCUGCUGGGCGUUUAUUGCUGAGGGUCAGUAUGCUUUCCAGCAGGGCGUGUCUGCUACGUCUGUUCCUCAAAGAAGCAUUAGCAAUAAGAAUCUCUCUGGCUCGGCUGAAGGCCGGUCCAGCUGUGAUGUCAGCGCAUUUUGUUCUUCUUCCAUCGUUUUCAACAAAGCAGAAACAGAAGUAUGUUCUAUUAUUGUACUCUCCUGACAGUGAAAGUGUUGAUUUGCUGAUGUUUAUGAGAAUUCUAUUUACAGAAUAAACACGUUUUUAAGAAACUGAA